AACCAAGGCGCGUUUGCCCGGUUUGGAUCCACGACUCACGAGGAGCGUUCUAUUGAUAACAGAACGACGCGAUGUUUACUUUCUUUACUUUUUUUUAAUUUUUUUCCGUUUUUCGUCAAAGUCUUCGACUUUGAUUUUCCUUCUCGCAGAGUGCGAUAGGCAUCAAUUUCCCUAUCUCCGAUCGAACGUAUCAGAAAAAUGCACACCAAAGACUUGAUCAAGGUAAGUUGGGCGGAUGAGGUCGAGGAUCACUUGGAGAAAACGACGCUGCCGCAGUCAAAAACUGAACAAGUGGGAAACAGCCGUAUUAUAACAGAAUACCGGUGGAACAAGGACGACAAGAAAGAAAAGGUGGUGCGCACCUACAAAAUUGAAAAACGGCUGGUCUCUAAAACAAUAGCGGAGCGAAAGACGUGGCCCAAGUUCGGCGACUCGCGCAAUGACAAGCCUGGGCCAAAUAUUGCGACUACUAUACCUGCCGAAGAGAUACAGAUGCAAUUCUUGACUGGCAAAGACGGUGACAAAGCAGAGGAAAAUCCAUUAGACAAACUGAAGAAUGUAAACAUGAACAUCAAGUGUCGUACAUGCGGCGGCGAACAUUGGUCUUUCUCAUGUCAUCUCAAAGGGACUGGGUUGGUUGUUGAGGACAAGAAAUUAGUGCAAGAGAAGAUAUCUGAACCCGAAAAGAAUACCGGAACUAACAGGCCUUAUAUUCCGCCUUCGGCAAGAGAAGGAGCUACAAAUACUGCAGGAAAACGAGAUCCAUAUUCGCGAGGUUAUGAUGAGGUGCCAGCCAUUCGUAUUGAAAAUCUUUCAGAGAGCACAUCUGAAGCAGAUUUGAGUGAACUAGUCAACAAGUUUGGGCAGAUUGCUCGAAUUUACUUGGCUUCCAAUAAGGUUACAGGCGCAUGUAAAGGGUAUGCGUUUGUGAAUUUCAAAUCUAAACUAGAUGCCGAAAGAGCCAUCAAGGGCUUGCAUGGUUAUGGUUAUGAUCAUUUAAUCCUGAAUGUUGGUUGGUCAACAAAUAACUAUAAAGCUGCAUAAAAUCCUCAUACAUAUGAUGGAUGGAUUUUAGAAAAUAUUUAAUUGUUAUAUAACAUUAUAAGAACAAUUAAAAAAGUCCUAUCAGUUAUUUGGUUGUUAACAAUAAAUUAAUAAUAUGCUACAAUUUACAACUAAAUAAAUAUUGGCAAUUACAUUUUUUGUGUUUAAUA